AUGAGUAUACGAAGUGAAGAAGUAAGAAGAAAAGAUUGGGUUAAACGAAUUACAGGAGAAACUGAGUCAGAAUUUAGAGUUGAUAAAGAAAAUUGGAUAUACCAAAAACCAUCACUUUAUAGUACUCCUGAAAUGGUUAUUGUUAAUAAAAUAACAAAAGAAGAAUUUUCAUGUGGUUGUCUUGAAAUGGUUCCUCUAAAAGAUUUGAGAAAGUGUCAACAUCAAUCUACUCAAGAUAUUACUUUUGAAAUUAUAUUGAGAGAAGACGAUGAAUCAAUUGAUCAUGUAAAUGUUGCAACAAUGCAAGCAAUGAAAGAAUAUAACAACUCUGUAUUUCUUGUUGCUUCAAAUUUUAAUGCAGUAGAAAGUAAUGGGAACAAAGUCAAGAAAAACAAAUAG